ACGUAGAUGGCGCUAUACAGAUAACGGUUAAUUCAAAGCGUUUUGUUUCGUUCUUAUAUGCUAAUUUUUAAGGUUAGGAAUUCAAAUUCUUAAUGUCCUAAGAUUGAACGUUAAAUAUUAUAACAUUUAUAUCGAACUCACUUGUGUUAAAUUAAUUUGAAAAUGAGAUAUUCAAAUAAAGUCUGAGAUAAUAGAGGAAACAAAAAUAUAUAAUAUAGUAGUUUUAAAAUAGGAUGCCAAUGAUACUUUGUAUGUGUAGAGAUAUACUAUAUAAAUAUCAAUUGUAUUAAGUUUGCAAAAUGAAUAUUAUAUGUGUGAUAUGCAGUGAUCUAUUAACACCUUCUGAUGAUGUUUUUCAUACACCUUGUGGACACAUUUUUCAUUUUACCUGUGUAACUCAAUGGUUGGAGAGAUCCAAAACCUGUCCACAAUGUAGAGAAAAGACUACAUUAAGUAAAAUUCAUAGAUUAUAUUUUAAUUUUUCCAAUAACGAUACCAUUGUGGAGGAUAAAUGCUCUUUACAAGAUAAGGUUGAUAAAUUAAAUUUUCAGCUUAUGUUAAAAGAAAAAGAUAUUAAACAUUAUACAGAAAAGAUUGAAACAUUAGAGAAACAGAAUAAAGAAUUAAAGAAGGAAGUAAGAAAAGUGGAAAGUGAAAUAAGUGAAAAAUGUAAUGUUAUUUAUGCUCUUAAAGAACAAAUUAAGUUAUUUAAAGAGCAAAGUUUAGAAGCAGAAAGUAGAAGAAAAGAAAUAGAGCAAUUGCGAAAGAAAAUUGAACAUUAUAAAAAUGUACAAACCAUACUUGAUGGUACUACAGAAGCUGUAGAUGAGAUGAUCUCAAGGACAACUGAACCUACUACGCUUAUUACAUACAUAUCUGUGAUGAAAAGAGAGAUAACAGUUAGCCAAAAUAAAAGAAGAGAAUUAAGGUCCAAACUAAGAAGCGUACAACAAGAACUUACUAAAGUUUCUAUGGAACGAAAUUUCCUGUCUGAUGAACAUACUAAAAGGAAAACACUUGAAAAUGAAUAUCUGGCUUGUCUAAGUGAAAAAAUGUCUUUACAAAAUAAACUUAGCGAGUUAGAAAAAGAUAUGUCUUUGACACAAAAGCCAAUUAAGUUCAAUUCAAAAACAAAGAAUAUGACAGAGGGUAAUUUAAAAAAUGAUUCUAGAGAAGAUAAAAUUGAAUGUAUUAAUAAUACCAUAAAUGAGAAAAAGGAUGUAACUCAAGAAGAGAAAACUCAAUCUGCUAUUACAAAAAAUGAAACAAGUUCUCCGUAUCUUCCAGUGAAAUCAGGAGGAGUAUUUGCUUUAACACAAAUGUCUCAGAGAUAUACUACAUCAAAAUUAACUUCCUCGAUCUUGGCAAAGAAACCAAGACUCGAGCAAGGAGCCAGUAGAAAUGAAAAUAAUAGAAUUACAUUUGAUGGUUUUGGAGGGCACUCAAAAUAUGAGGAGUUCCCUAAACCUUCUGCUAUCAAGAUAAAAAAAGUUAAGGAUAUUCCAAAAGUUAAAAAGCCAAAAUUUGAUACAGACAAUCCGAAAAUAGAUUAUUUUCUAGGAAAUUAACGUAAUCAUUGCAUAUUAUUAAUGUUUAUAAAUAGCAUUUAAGAAAAAGAAAAAAUAUUAUGUGGCAGAUAUAUUUAUUGAAAGAGUGAACAUGUUACAAAUGUAUUAUGGAGAAGUAUGUAUAAAGUUGCAUAUUUUAUUAAAUAAAUCUGUUAAUCAGUUUCAUAAAAA